AUAAAGAUAGCGCGCCACGGUGAGCAUGCGCCCGAGGGGCCGUCGAAGAAUCCAGUAAAUAGAACCCCGGAGCACGAGCCAGAAGAGAGUGUCGGCGCUGACGUCACGGCCUACAUUGAAGAGCUCGAGCUGAAUUGUAGAGCGCGAGCUCUCAGACGGAGGCGCGCCGAGACGAAGACGAUGAACUCCGGUCGGUGCUACGUUGCCGCUUUCUGAGGGAAAAUACAACGUUUUUUUAUCCCAAUUUUGGGUUAUUUCUUCAUUCCAGCGACAACAACAAGCCGGCGGACAUUUUGGAUACGGUUUGGCGGUUGUUGUUUUUUGUUUUUUUGAAGAAAAAAACAACAUGUCGUCCGCGGCGGUCGCUGCCUCCAGACGGCAGUCCUGCUAUCUGUGCGACCUGCCCCGCAUGCCGUGGGCGAUGAUUUGGGAUUUUACCGAGCCCGUUUGCCGCGGAUGUGUCAACUACGAGGGGACGGACCGGGUUGAGUUCGUUAUCGAGACCGCCCGGCACUUGAAGCGGGCCCACGGCUUCCCGGACGGCCGCCCUCCGGGCCCGGGGAAGCCCCACCACGCCGCCGGGAAGGACAUCGUCACCCACCACUCGGCCGUUGGAGACCCGGGCUCGCGAGCGCCGCCGCAGCCGUUGGACCGUUACCCGCUGUCCGACCGGCCGCCGCGGCUGGGACCGGAGUACCAGGCGGCGGGGAGGCAGCUUAACGGGCUACCGAACGGGUUUCCCAAACCGGACGAGCCUCCGGAGCUGAACCGCCAGAGCCCGAACCCGCGCAGGACUAGCAGCGCGGUUCCCCCUAGCCUGGUGCCGUUGGUGAACGGCGGCGUGUCGGGGACCGUCCAUCCGCUCAACGGGCGCGCCACCCAGAUGGGUCUGCCCGGGGUCGUGUCUGCGCACUGCCCCGGGGGCGAGCACGUUAAGCGUCCCGAGGAGAUGAGAGACAAACACAGGCCGGACAGCCUGUUGGACAUGUCGGACAGCCACAAGGAGUGGAUGUCCAAGGGCAGGACGGUCCGGGACCUGAUGGCGCUGCACCCCUUCGACAGCCGGUUUAAGAAGGACCACCACGCCGCCAUGCAGCGCGUGGUGGGCUACGAAACCAUCGCCACUUCCUCAAAAACAGACAGGGGGAAGCACCCCCGCAGCCUGAAGAGGAAGACUUCCCCAGAGCCGGACGGGGAGGGCAGCGCCCCCAAAAUGAACGGCGGCGAGGCUCAACCGUGGCUCCCGUCGCCCUCCGAGGUCCUGAAAAUGCAGCCGACGGCCCUGCCGAGCUUCUCCGUCAACCCCUCCUCCACCAUGUCCCCCCACUCCCGCGGCACGCCCCCCGAGGCCGCCACGGCCCAGAACGGCCAGUCCCCGAUGGCGGCGCUCAUCCUCGCCACGGACAACGCCGGCAACGCGAAAGAUGCCAACCAGGUCCACUCAACCACGGCGGGGGGGGCGCGGCGGAACAGCGGCAGCCCCCUGUCGCCGUCGCGGAGGCUAGAGGGCGCCUCCGGGGACCCGGCGCCGCCGCAGAGCGCCCCGGACUCGUCGGUGGCGCCCGGCGGCGCGCCGCUGUGCUGCACGCUGUGCCGCGAGCGACUGGAGGACACGCACUUCGUCCAGUGCCCGUCGGCGCCCUCGCACAAGUUCUGCUUCCCGUGCUCCCGGGAGAGCAUCAAGCAGCAGGGCGCCACGGGGGAGGUGUACUGCCCCAGCGGCGAGCGCUGCCCGCUGGUCGGCUCCAACGUGGCCUGGGCCUUCAUGCAGGGCGAGAUCGCCACCAUCCUGGCCGGAGACAUCAAGGUCAAAAAGGAGAGAGACCCUUAAAAC